AUCGGUACAGACGAUGCCGCCACUGUCCUGGAUCAAUUUUGUCACGAUGUUGCCAACUUGCCCGCCGAGAUAGCACAUUUACUGGAAGAGAUCCAGGCCAAAGACCAACACAUCCAAGAAUUACGCGAAGUCAUUAAUACACGUGACAAAUCUAUCCAAAAUUUCGUCAGAGCCCAGGGCGGUCAUGUCAAGAAUCCCAAGGAAGAAGGUCUCACCAAAGUCAUCAUGGCAAACUUUGAUCGUAUUGAAAUUCUGCAAGCUGAGAAGCUGGGUCUGAGCGAGAAGGCCAUGAGACUGUUACGCGAUCUUGUCAACAGUGAACAGAUGCCUCCAGAUCCGACGUUGCCAUCUCUAUUGCAGCCCGAAGCUGGAAGCCUUGCUACAACCAACACUCCAUCCGCUGCUGCCGCUAUCAAUUCGGCUCAAUCUGGUGGCGCGCCUAACGUUGCCAAUGCUGCCAUUGCCCGCUUACAUGCUGUCAACCAAAGAACAUCAUCACCAUUAAAUGCUCAAAAUGCUUUACUCAACCAAGCACAUCUGAACAGCCCAUCAGCUAGAUCACAACGAGAAAGCAGUGCCGAUGCCUCAAAACGUCGUCGUUUGAACACUUCUAUGUCUGGCAACGUCCCUACUACUGCUUCAUCUCUCAGACAGUCGUCACUUGGUCCAACCUCUGGUACUCCAAAAGCCGGCACACCUAUUCCAAGCUCGAGUCGUGCUGGAUCUGCUCAACCUAACAAGAAAGCACCCCACAACAAGAAAAUUGCGCCACAUCAAGCAUCUGCCCCUGGUUCUAAUAGGAAGCGCAUCAGGUCUGGCAAUGCAGCGCUGAAGAAAGGAGAUCGCAAACGUCACCUCACAUCACCAACACCUUCCUCUUCGCGAGGCAGUUCCGACCCCAUCAACUCUGCCUCUUGGAACGGAUGGUACUGUAGAAUCACGGUCGCGGCUACGCGGCACCCGNGCCUCUGCAGCAUC